AUGACCGGCACAGCCGCGACUGAGGCAGAAGAAUUCCGCCAGAUCUACGGCAUGGAAGUCAUCGCAGUGCCGCCCUACCGAAAACUAAUACAAGGUAUACCGCACUACAAACUAAAUGCAGUUAACCACCAACAGGAAGCUGAAAUAAUUGCUCAGGCCGGACAAUUAGGUACCAUAACUAUUUCAACCAACAUGGCUGGGCGGGGAACCGACAUUAUUUUAAGUGAAGAAAGCAAAAAAGCCGGGGGGCUACUAGUAAUCGGAGUAGAGAGAAACACUAGUCGCCGGAUAGACAAUCAGUUGAGAGGUCGGGCCGGACGACAAGGAGACCCAGGCAAAAGUCAAUUCUACGUUUCAUUAGAAGACGAACUAAUAAAAAAUUUCUCGGUAAAAGAAAGCAUAGGAACAUUCCUUACUUCCCAACAACUAAAAGAACUUUUUCACCGCCCCUUGAGCGGAAAA